CGCCAUUGUCAAUCGUUUUGGCGAUGAAAACGUCGGCCUGUUGGAUUCAUUGGGAAGACCGUCUGCGGGUUCACUGAAAGGACCCAGUUGGAUUGCAGGAGAUUACGAUCAAUGCCUACAAAUUGACCAUAAUGUGGAAAAUACUAUAAUGGGCAGACGAUCGUAUGAUAUACGCGGAAAGUUCUGUUAUAUUAAUUUCGAUUUUAAGAAAGUAAACAGUGAAAUGAUAGAGAAAAUCAUGACUUUAAAAAAUCAAACCCUUGUGAAAUUCAUUGAAUUCAAUUUUAAACCAUUCACUCUUUCUCAUAUAAUAUCAACUCUGAAAAGUGGACCAAAAUUAUUUAUUGACGUUUGUAUUCCAAAUUCCUGUUCUAAAAAUGAUUUGCAAAAUAUUAUAAAAUGGGUAACUGGAAAUGAAGAUUUAUUGACUGUGGAAGAAUGUCAAGAACGAGAUGAUAAAAGGAUUUAUUCAAUACCACAAAUAAUUACCAUGUCGAUUUUUGCUUUCUUUAUCAUUUGGGUAACACUUGCAACUGUUGCAGAGAAGCUACGGAAAUUAACAAACCAUCCACGUUUUAUAGAUGAAGCAAAACUUUUGAAUAACUUCCUUUCGGUUUCUCUCAGUACAUCUCUACAGAAACUUAUAAGCGUCAACAUUAAUAGAGAAACAAAAUGGAUUUGUGCAGCAAAGUUUUUUAUAAUGAAUGUUCUCGUAUUUGGUCAUAUAAUAAUUACAGUGGUAUAUGUACCAUCAGUAGAAUACCUACGAAAUACUUAUGACAUGUGGCACAAUAUUGUUUUAGAAACAAUUAUGAACGGAAUUGUACCUGUUGAAUCAUUCUUUUUUAUAAGUGCAUUUUUAACAACUUAUCUAAGAAAAAACAACAUAAAACGUUCUAAAUUUUAUUACAUUUUCUUUCUUGUAAAGAGAUACGUCAGAUUGACUUUCCCUGUUCUUUGUGUUGUUGCAAUUGCAGUUAUACUACCAAAUCUUGUAGAUGGUCCCCAUUGGCAUACUCUUGUUAAUAUCUGCGUAAAGGAUGUUGAACUGAAGUGGUGGAAAAUAAUACUACAUGUAUUUAAUUUUGAAAACAUUGGCAUUACAAUGAUUAGUCACGUGUGGAUUAUGAAUGUAAUCUUUCAAUAUAAUAUCAUCACUGUUCCUGUAUUAUUUGUUCUAGACAGGUGGCCGAAAAUUGGAAUUAUGUUAAUGAUCAUCUUGAGUUUAGUAGGAUUUUCUACAUCUGCUGUAUUCAUCUUAACUCAUAACUAUACAUUUGCACACGGAUAUUCUACUAAUGUUCAGGCAUUUACAAACUUGUUUAAUAACCUCUAUAUUAAACCAUACUCCUAUCACCUAAGUAGUUAUUUUAUGGGGUUGCUGACUGGAUUUAUUUUAUCUGAAAGAAAAGUUAUGAAUUUCGGAAAGGUAACUCGUUUUACAUUCUGGGUGUGUUCAAUUGUAUUGAUGUUACUCUCAGUAUACGGAUUACACGGAUAUAUGACUGACUUAUCACCGGAUAGAAAUAUAAUUGUAUUCUUCACAAUUUUAGCUCCGUAUGCCUGGAUAAUUGGGCAAAUAUGGAUGUGCAUUGCUUUCACUAAAGGAUACGGAGGUGGGAUAAGAAAUUUUCUCUCUAUGGACAUCUUUGUGAUUUUGGAUCGUCUGAAUACUUUUAUUUACACGUUACAUCCUUUUAUCUUGAUAUAUCUUAUCGUCUGCUUUAGAAAACCUUUGCAUCAUUCUAUGGUCACAAUGUGGAUGCUGUAUGUAUUCGUGAUGUUCCUGUCGAUUAUCUUUUCCUUUCUGUUCUAUGUAUUUCUUCAAGCUCCUUUUAAUUUUAUGUUUAAGAAUUUAUUUUUCAAAAGCAAUUCAAAUGAAAAUGAAAAUGAGAAGAACGAACGGCAACUUCAAACAAUGGGAAGAGAUCACACAAUUCGGGAAUGUUAACACGAUUGUUUUGAAUUGUACUUUUUGUAAAUGUUUCAUCAUAUAAGUUUGUGUACAAGACACGAA